AUGUGUACUAAUUUCUUUGUAUUAGAGCAACGUCUAUCUGAAAACAUACAUCAGGCCGGAAAAACCGUCCUUAUAUUUUCUCAUGCUAUUUCAUAUUUGCUUUUCUGCCUACUUCUGUUAUCUCCAUCUUCAUUUACUGGAUUUCCUCGUCUUCCUUUUCCUUCUCUUCUUCUUCUUCUUCUUCUUCUUCUUCUCACAGUUUAUCCUUCAUUGUUCCACUUAUUCUAUUCCUCUUUAGGUUUAUGGUUUUACAACAUCAUCUCCGCGUCAUGUUAUUUUUAUCAUAUCUUCCCUGUGUUUUCUCCUGUUUUACUUUCUCUUCAUUUUACACUUUUUCUCUCUAUCCUCUUCUUUUCUAUCACUAACUUCUUCAUCAUCUAUAUUUUCAUCUUCUAUAUCAAUAUUUUCUUCUUAAUAUAUAUAUUCUAUAUUUCGUUCUUCUCUAUACAUUCUUCUCCAUCUGUACCUUCUAUAUCUAGUUCCUUCUUCUUCUUUUUCUUCUUCUUCUUCUUUUCUUCUUCUUCUUCUUCUUCUUCUUCUUCUUCUUCUUCUCCAUCUAUAUCUUCUAUAUCUAUUUCUUUCCCCUUCUUCUUUUUCUUCAACUAUAUCUUCUAUAUCCAGUUCCUCCUCCUCCCCCUUCUUCUUCUUUUUUCUUCUUCUUCUUCUUCUUAUUAUUAUUAUUAUCAUCAUCAUUAUUAUUAUUAUUCACAGACUGCGUGA